AUGGCAGCUGCUGGAAGUGCGUCUCCUCGCACUCUGCAGCAGGGCAUUCGCAGAAGCAUAUCUGCGGCCGCCUCGGGUGGUUUGCACCUGCUGACCAGCGAGACGGAUCUCAACCAAGGCCGAGAACACGACGAACACAUAUCGCCGACGCGGGUUUCUGUGCGGGAUCGCAUGAGCCUCCGGUCUAGAAGCCCCGGGUCAUCGAGUUUAUCAGACCUGGAUCCCUUCUUUGAUCGAGCAAUGUCACUGCCUUCCAUUCGGGAGAGGGAUAGUGACAGCGACAGCCAGUUCCGCAAUCCAUUUGCAGACACGAACUCUGUGGCAGACGCGCAGGCAGACGAUGCUCGGAAUCCGUUCGACGACUCAAGUGCCGAGGACACGCUGCAGGAGCAGCCUCCAGAACCGCCCUAUCACAUAUUCACCAAGAGGCAAAAGUGGUUUGUUAUCGUCAUUAUAGGCACAGCUGGGUUGUUCUCUGGCCUAUCGUCAAAUAUCUACUUUCCCUCGCUCGAUGCCAUCUCACGGGAUCUCCAUGUGAGCGCCGAGAUGGUCUCGUUGACGAUCACCUCCUAUCUCAUUAUCCAAGGCAUUUCGCCGCUCUUUUGGGGUUCAAUCUCAGAUGCCUUGGGGAGACGACCUAUCUACAUCGCCUCUUUUGCCGUCUACAUCGUUUCCAACAUUGGUCUCAGCUUUUCGCCAAAUUUCACCAUUCUCAUGGUUUUCAGAGGGUUGCAAGCGGCCGGCAGCGCUUCGACCGUUAGCAUCGGAAACGGUGUCAUCCAGGAUAUCUCUCCUCCCGCGGAGCGGGGUGAGUUCAUUAGUUUUUACCAGGCGAUUGGGCCUGUGCUCGGCGGUCUGCUCGCAAACUUCCUCGGUUUCCGAUCCAUCUUUGUCUUUCUUUUGAUACUCUCUUCGGUAGUCACUAUUGUGAUUAUCAUAUUUCUGCCCGAGACCAUGCGAAGCAUUGCCGGGAAUGGCUCGCUCCGGCUGGGGGGUGUCUAUAAGCCCCUGAUACGCCUUGUUACAAAAGAGCCUGAUUAUCUAGAAGACCCGGAAGAGCCCCUUCCGCGGAAGAAGGUGACAGCUGCAACCUUCCUGGAGCCUUUGCGUCUUCUCGUACAGAGAGACAUACUCAUCAACCUCAUAUUCGGCGGUGUUGUUUACACCAUCUGGAGCAUGGUCACAUCGAGUACCACUGGAUUGUUCAAGCAGCUUUUCAACCUAAAUGAACUCCAGAUUGGCUUGGCGUUUCUACCCAAUGGAUUCGGAACUAUCGUGGGCUCAGCCAUAGCUGGAAAGCUAAUGACACGAGAUUACAAAGCAAUAGAAGAGGCAUACAAGGCAUCCCAUAACAUGGAGAAGUCCGAAAAGCUGACAGCCAAGAACAUGCCCGCCGACUUCCCGAUAGAACGAGCGCGUCUCCGUCGUUUGCCAUGGGUCGUCGUCAUAUUCAUCGCGUCAACAGGUGCCUACGGGGUCUCGCUCAACUUUCCCUCCGCGACCUCAUUGACAGGCUGGAUCGCUGUUCCGCUUACACUACAGUUCUUCAUCGCCGCGACGAGCAACGCUGUGUUCGCCCUCAAUCAGACUCUCGUCACAGAUUUGUGCCCCGGCAAAGGAGCAAGUGCUACAGCCAUCAACAACCUCGUCCGAUGCGGCCUAGGAGCGAUUGGGGUGGCGUUCAUAGAACAGUUUAUCGCUUCAACAGGACCCGGGGCCGCGUUUCUUGGACUUGCACUUGUCAUGGUCGUCGUUGGGCCGUUGGCGGUUAUUCAUUGGUACUGGGGCCAGCAAUGGAGAGCUGCGAGAAUCCAGGCGAAAGAGAUGACAGAGACCGAGAAAGCGGCAGCGCGUUCUGGUUGA